GUUACUGUUUUGUUUGGUAGUUUUAUGUUUAUGUUUUUCAUUUAAAAAAUUAACAUUGUGAAUUUGAAUUAAAGAAUGCUGUUAAGUUGACACUUGUAGUGCCCUAACUGUUGAGUAACUGACUUCAACCGAAAUGUGGUCAUUCGUUAACCUAUCUGUUCAGUGUUCCUUUUCUCGGUCCAAAACAUCAGGAUCACAGUUCUAACCGAAUUGUCCACUGCACAAAGAUUGUUAUUCAACAGUCGUAUCCAAUGGAAUCCGACAUCGACCUUCCGGAAUGCUGCGGGUCCGGUUGCACCAACUGCGUUCUAGAUCGUAAAACCGCAAAACCGCCCACUUCCGAUGCACCAAACAUCCUGGACAAUAGCUACCGCGCUUUCCAGUGCACCAGCAUCGUCAAAUGCACGGCAAACACGUUCCUGUUUCGGUUCCGCUAUGCCGGAACGCAUGUCUCCGACAGGCAGCUUGCGAUCCCACCGGGAAGUCACCUGAUGUUGCGAGCCGAGCGGGGCUUUCGGGACACGCGUCGUCCCGUGGCCACGAUCUUUGAGCAGUGGCGUAGCGGCGAAAGGGGGAUUGAGGUGCGCCCACGUGGUCACGUUCCCAGGGUGGAAAAGUACGACAAAGCUGAGCGGGAUUUGUACUUUAGCAGACCUUACACGCCGAUUCGGGUAGAUCGGGAGGGGAAGGCGUUUGAGGUUCUGGUGAAGUUGGAGACGGGGGGUGAGAUGUCGGAGUAUUUUACGACUUUGGACGUCGGAGUGGUGACGGAGUGGAAAGGCGUUUACGGAGGGUUUAGUUGGGUGCGGAAUGGGUGGAAGAAUGUGGUGGGUUUUGGGCAGGGUGUAGGACUGGCUCCGAUUUACUCGAUUAUGGCUGGAGUUUUGGACGAUGAGGAAGAUGAAACAAGACUGCAUUUGCUGUACUGUUGUAGAGAUCUGGAUGGAGUUUUGAUGAGAUCGGACUUGCAAGCGAUGGGAAAGUAUUGGAAUUUCGGAUACAGCAUUUAUCUAUCUAGAGAGAGUUGUUCUUGUGAAGGAAAACUGGCUAGAAGUUGCAAGUGCUUGUCAUCAAGGAUAAAUUACAAUGAACCCAUUUUCAAUCACAGAUUGGAAGAAGUUGACAUAGAAAAUGUAUUGAAAAAGCUUGUAAACGGUUCGUUCCACGUGCUUAUUUGUGGAAACGAAUCCUUCACAAAGUUUGUAGAAGGUUGUGUAACAAGGUUAGGUAUAAGCGACUAUUAUAAAUUUUAAUAAAAAGAGAACGCACUUUUGUAACACCUA